UCCUCCUCGGUGCUCUCGGGUGCAGAGCCCUCCGCGGUCGCGGCCGCUCGGAGGGAGCUCUCCCGGAUCCCGAGGCGGGAGUGUGGCUGGCGGGGCUGGGCUUGGCUGCCGGAGCUGGACUGCCGGAGCUCGGCCGCGCCUGGUGUUGGAAGAAGGCAAAAGGCCAAACACCAUUUGGGAGUGUUGAAAGUAACUGGACUCUGCAUGAGGCUGAAAUGGUGAGCUGGGGAAUUAAUACAACUCUUCAGAAUAUAGGACAAGCCUUUGUGAAAGGCAGCGCCGCCCGCCCGCCUGGUGAUGGAAAUGAAGCCGCAAGUGUUGACCUUGAAUCUCCCGGACCCAUGGGUGCCGCGGCAAAGCCCAGACAGUGAUCCAACAGUGUCACAGCUUUGCAGGUUGUUAUUUAGCCUGAGGAGUCUUGGCUUCCUGGGAGCUGAGAAAACAUUCAUUUCCAGUAUGAAUUUUAAGCCCCUUAUAAGCCUGGGAUUUGCAAAGCUCCAGCUGACCUUCUUGUCAACUCCCAAGAAUCCCUCCAGUCCUGAUAGAAAAACUUGAAGUAGCCUGGCUCGCAAUCCACCCACCCUGGUUUGCAGAGACCCAGUAGGUCAUUGCCCGCCUCAGCUGGAGCAUGGACUGCGCUUUUCUGUCGUAACCCCACUACAUAUCUUUCUACCCACUAACACUACAGACAUUAAUCUCUACAAAAGGUUGGUCCUGCUGCGUCCUGGGGAGCCUGGACCACCGCUGCCAUGACGACUGCCAUCCUGGAACGCCUGAGCACCCUGUCUGUGAGCGGGCAGCAGCUGCGCCGUCUGCCCAAGAUUCUGGAAGAAGGGCUUCCCAAGAUGCCGUGCACGGUCCCAGAAACUGACGUGCCCCAGCUCUUCAGGGAGCCUUACAUCCACGCCGGCUACCGCCCCACGGGGCACGAGUGGCGCUACUACUUCUUCAGCCUCUUUCAGAAGCACAACGAGGUGGUCAACGUCUGGACCCACUUGCUGGCGGCCCUAGCGGUCCUGUUGCGAUUCUGGGCCUUUGCGGAGGCUGGGGCAUUGCAGUGGGCCUCUCCCCACACCCUACCCCUGCUCCUCUUUAUCCUGUCCUCCAUCACUUACCUCACCUGCAGCCUCUUGGCUCACCUGCUGCAGUCCAAGUCAGAGCUGUCGCAUUACACCUUUUACUUUGUGGACUACGUUGGGGUCAGCGUCUACCAGUACGGCAGCGCGCUGGCUCACUUUUUCUAUAGCUCGGACCAGGCCUGGUACGAGCGGUUCUGGCUUUUCUUCCUGCCCGCGGCUGCUUUCUGUGGCUGGCUCUCCUGUGCGGGCUGUUGCUACGCCAAGUAUCGCUACCGAAGGCCUUAUCCAGUUAUGCGGAAGAUCUGUCAAGUGGUGCCGGCGGGGCUGGCCUUCAUCCUAGACAUCAGCCCUGUGGCCCACCGGGUGGCGCUCUGUCAUCUGGCUGGUUGCCAGGAGCAGGCGGCCUGGUACCACACCCUUCAGAUCCUCUUCUUUCUAGUUAGCGCCUACUUCUUCUCCUGCCCGGUACCCGAGAAGUACUUCCCCGGUUCUUGUGACAUUGUGGGCCAUGGACAUCAGAUCUUCCACGCCUUCCUUUCCAUCUGCACGCUCUCCCAGCUGGAGGCCAUUCUUCUAGACUACCAGGGACGGCAUGAGAUCUUCCUCCAGCGCCACGGUCCCCUGUCCGUCUACACUGCCUGCCUCUCCUUUUUCUUUUUAGCUGCCUGCAGCGCGGCCACCGCCUCCCUCCUGAGGCACAAAGUCAAGGCCAGACUGAUCAAGAAAGAUUCCUGAGGUCUGCCAAGGGGGAAAGGUGUAGAGAUGUGCUACUGUGAUUUGGAGAAAACUUGACACAAUAACAGAAACUGACUUUUUGUUUUUAAGGCUUGAUUUUUAAAUUAAUAUGUAUUACAGGCUGGGGAUGAAACUCAGUUGGUAGAGAGUGCUUAACAUAGCAUGCAGGAAGCCCAGGGUUCGAUCCCCAGUACCAUACAAACCAGUAGCAGCAUUCAAGGAGGCAGAGGCAGGAAGAUCAGAAGUUCUAGAUCAUCCUCAGAUGCGUAGUGGGUCCAAGGCUAGCUAGCCUUUAAUACAUGAUAACUUAUCUAAAAAAAAGGAUUAUUCUAUAUUUUCAAGGGCAUGGUAUGGUUAUAAAGUUUCAAAUGCACGGCAGGCAUUUAAGAGUUUUAAAAGGGAAUAUUCAUUUUCUAUCUGGGUUAUAGCCUUGCAUGGGAAGGGAUCCUGGCUAAGAUUCAUGAGAUCCCAAACUAAGGAAAACCACCCCCACUCAUGAACACUCCGCAGAAUUCUGGAUGUGGCUUCCAAAGCUGAGUCCUGAACUGGACAGAUAAUCAAACUGGACUGCCAAGUAAACUCUGGAUGUUCCUCACAAUAACAAACAGCGCAGCCACCCUAUGCUGCUGGUCUUGGUAACUGAGUAAAUUGACCUGUGGACUCCAUCUUAUUUCAGCUUGCCUAGGGUGGAAAUGUCGGAAUUUUCAAGAAGAUUCAUCAAAACCCUUUGACAGAAUGGACUAUUCAAUGUAUCUGAUCUCUGGUCUCAUUCACUGCAGCAAUGGCCCCUUUCUCAGGAUACCCAACUAGCUGGCCGAUUUGCCUGAAGUACUGUUCCCAUCCCUAGGCUGCAUGGCAAUAUACAGACUUCCAAAGCUGUUAACACUUCCAGGAAACGCUUGGAGCCAUAUGAACCUUCAGGAAGCCGAUUCUCAUGUAAUACAGAAACAUCAGGAAAUGCAACAGUGCCAAGCUCUACUAGGAGACCCAGCCCGAAAACAUGGAUACCCUCGUCUGUGUGUUCCCCAUGGGGACCUUUUAGUUUCUAUGUGUGGACUGCAGUAUUAACUGCAAGCUAUUUAGGAUUGUCUUGCAGGCCAGGACAGUAUCUGAAGGUUUGAACGGAUUCUUUUAAAAGCUUAGCUCUACAGUUGCUCGAGGGAUCUGAUUCUUUGAAGAGGAACCGAGCAUCUAAGGUUCAAAUUUCUGUUAGAUGCUGUCCCAUGAUGGACCAACACAGCUACCCCAAAUCCAGAGUCCUGAAACAGGCAGUUCUGCCCCUGAUUCAAGAAGAAACCUUAAAACAGGUCCUAGGACUGGUGAAUGUGUGCUCACUGUGGUUGGCCCCUGAAGGUCCUUUGAGUAAGAUUGAGGCACCUGAUGGCUAAAGGCACUGUUUGCAAUAUUGCUGUGAGCAGCUGCUGCGGGGUGGGUGGUGCUUGCAGCUGAUGUGUUCUGGCCACACAGCUCUCUCUGAGGACUGACGUCUGCAUUAAUCCCGUGAAGGAGGCUGUGGCCAAGGAAGAGCUGAGAUACCCUCUUUUCACAGGCUGUGUUUCCUAUCAGUAUAAGGUCCCUGCGUAUUAAAAAGGGAAGUGGUCUGUUUCAACUCGAGUGUGAUGAACCUCCUCCACUAUUACGUCACUUGCUAGUCUUUAAACCUUUGUGUUUUUUCUU